GGCGGGUGGGACUGUUUUGAUAUUGAGUGAGAUUUACCAAUAAGCUUGCCCACGGCAUUGAAAGGACGAACGUGUUGAGGCUGUUCGAUUUUAACAAUCAAGUCUGUUUAUAAGGCGACUCUAUUGGAUCUUGUGUGGUGUUGGGUGGACAUACACAGUCUAGGAUUUCAUUUUUGUGUUUGGAUCGGCGUAUAUUCGGAUGCGAUGGAUGCGAGAACCAAACAAGGAAAGCGUUCCGUACGAUUCAAUACAGUCCCGUCGAAGAAGGACGUGGAAGUUCUCACCGACUCCAGUCUCGUGAUGCUGGCCCGCAAUGUGGGACAGGAGAACCUUAACGGCGUCGUGCUGGCAAUGAUGCUCAACAUCCCCACCACCACCAUCGUCAACUGCAUCUGCGACAUCGGCGGCGACAGCAGAUGCGAGGAGAACGAGAAGCUUCGUGUAUCGGUUGCGGAGAAGUGUCUUCUGUUUUGGAAGAAGAUGACGGCAGAAGUGAAGACAAGGGACAGAGUGAAGUACAUGGAACGCGCACUCCGCGAGAUGGGGAAGAACGAGAUUGCCGAUGUGUUUGUUGACAGACAUUCCAACAACCAGGAGAUCACACAAGACGCCUUCCUUUAGAGAGCAGAGACUGUUAUAAUGACUUUGGGGGUAGGGUGGGGUUGGAGAACAUCCUCGAUUACCCAGUGGGUUAUUUCGCCGUAUUCUCAUAAGUCAAUUGAUUGGUCGUUAAGCUCAUCAGCGAGAGAAAUUCUGUGCUAGGUUGAUGAUUGGGCGGACAUUGCAACCACACUUCCAAACGAAACUUUGGUAGCGAAUGGCAUUCGUCACCAAUCGCUCCUUUCCGUAACCGGAUUAUCACGAGUGGUCAAGAAUGGGUCGCUGGUAGUUAAUAUUAUAAAAUAAUGAGGAUAUUUUACACUGGUAUAUUGGGGAAACUGAGGGGUGGGUGGGUGCAUAGACCGUGGGCCGAUCUUGGUUAACUCGACAUGACAGUGUAAUGUGAUUACGUACGUGAAAAAACGACUGGAUAUCUAUUACCUCCCUUUGUUGUUCCUGGAUGUGCUUCUGUCUACCAACAAUCAGUGUUCUGUAUGUAAUCCUCUUCAAUCAAGUUUGCGGGCGUCAAAAAGACAUGAACAGUUCGAAGUCAACUGUUGGCGACAAUGAAAUAUGUAACUGUAUAUAACGCAAAGGUGUUCGGUUUCCUCACAGCCUGUUUUCAAAAUAGUACCUGACAAAAAUGAUAUGUUGAAAGAAUGCGGUAUAAAUAAGAGAUAUAUGAUGGGCAAUUCUCGCUUGGAAAAAAAGGACGUAAGAGAUAUACUUCCUGCCAAAGAAAUUAUUGUGAUGGGAUAUGUCAUUCACAGAUGUUCAUUAUUUAUAAAAGAACAAAACAGUUACGUUUGAAUUAGUGUUUGUACAUGUAUGUGCCUUUGUAUAAACGUAAAGUAAUGAUAGAUGUACCAUAUAUAUUUUGUAAAAAAAAUAAAUUCUUCUUGGACGCUG